GAGGCAGCUGCGACUGCUACAGCUACUGUUACUGGUUUACCAAGCUCCCGAACGAACCACGUCCCUGUUACCGUCUGACGAGAGGAGAGGAUUCUGUGCCGGUGUGAGGGUUUUCCGGUGGGAACAAUGGCGGAUUCAGACGAAGACUACAUCGCCACCGACGACGAAGACAUCGGAGCUCACAACGUCAGCAAGGGCGGGCGUCACCGAGGAGCUGGGGGCGCGGCAGCAGGAGGAGGUGGUGGAGCUCGAUCAAAGAAUGGCAACAAACCCGGCGGUGGUGCGCAGAAGCGAGAACGAUGGGAGGACAUUAAGAGGUCUUGGGAUAACGUCGUUGAAGGGGAAGACGGGAGUCUGUCUUCUACCGUUGCGGGAUUGCUGGAAGCUGGGAAACGGAAGAGGUUAGGGGACAAGAAACUAUUUUUUAUUAUUAUUAUUAUUUUUUCUCUUUCCAAGAAAAGGAAAUCUAAUGAUUGGUGAGGGGGUGUGUCUUUGACGAACUAGGCUGUUGAAAGACACUACUCCGCUACAAAGAGGUAUUAUCCGACACCUGAUUCUUGUCCUCGACCUCUCCUCUGCGAUGAUGGAGAAGGACUUCCGACCUACGCGUUAUCUACUCUCGCUGCGGUACGCUUGCGAUUUUGUCCGGGAAUAUUUCGAACAGAACCCCAUCUCGCAGCUCGGCGUCCUGGGAAUGCGGGAUGGCCUUGCAGUGCGGGUUAGUGAUCUGAGUGGGAAUCCAGUGGAUCAUAUCGAAGCCAUAGGGAAGCUCCGUCUGGAUGAAGGGAAGGGGGCACCGUCGUUGCAGAAUGCGCUGGAGAUGUCGAGGGCUGCGUUAUUGUUGGUAUUUCCGAAACUUGUUGAUUCAGGUUUCAUGAAACAAGGAGAGAUGAAAGGCUAAGUGGUUAUUUAUUGUUACAGUCAUGCGCCGUCACACGGUACGAGGGAGGUGGUUAUUGUGUUUGGUGCGCUGUUGAGUUCGGAUCCUGGGGACAUACAUCAGACGAUUAAUCAGUUGGUUGAGGAUAAGAUUCGGGUGAGCGUUGUGGGAUUGUCGGCUCAGGUCGCUGUGUGUCGGGAGCUGUGCAAGAGGACGAACGCCGGUGAUGAGAGUAUAGUUUCUUUUUGUUAGUUGGGAUCGUGAUAUCUGCUAAUCAAUGUCAGGCGUCUACGGCGUCGCUCUGGACGAUAAACAUUUCAGAGAACUGCUGCUCGAUACAACUAUCCCCCCAGUAACACGUUCUGCGAAGAUGAAUGCUUCAAGUCUGCUCAUGAUGGGGUUCCCCUCCCGAGUUGUGGAAAAAACAGCAUCAUUGUGUGCAUGGUUCGUCUGAUCACUCGUUCCAGCUUUCGCAGGUACCAACUAACUUUGGUAUCACCAGCCACUCUGAGCUGACAAAAGGCGGCUACCUCUGCUCCCGCUGCUCGACAAAAGUAUGCGCGCUGCCAGUGGAAUGCCCAGCCUGCGGCUUAACUCUCAUUCUCUCCACCCAUCUUGCAAGGUCCUACCACCACCUUUUCCCGUUAAAAAAUUGGGUAGAGGUUCCCUGGAAAGCGUAAACCCCCGUCUCCUUCUCCCCCUUAGCCUCUGCUAACCGUCUGUGCUAUUCUCUAGAGCAUCAAAGUCGACCCACUGCUAUUCCUGCCAAAUACCAUUCCCCCAUCCCCCGACGAAACCCGAAGAACUCUCCGCACCGGCAAAGACCGUUACGGGAACCUCUGUCUCGAGUAGGUACGCUUGCACGGUAUGCCACAAUCAUUUUUGCAUCGACUGUGAUGUGUUCUGUCACGAGACCUUGUAUAAUUGUCCGGCCUGCCAGUCGAGCGUACCCAAGGGUAAGGUUUCUAAUGGUGCCGGGGGGAGAGGUGAUCCUAUGGAGGUGGAUUGAGCGAGUUACGGUUGGCUGUGGUGUAUGCUAUGUAGAGCGUGUUUAGAUUUUUUUUCCCUUUCCUUUGAUUCCUUGUCACGGUGGACUGAUAUGCACAAUGUAUCAUAACGGUUUCUUUCGUUUAGUCUGGGAGUUUUUUUCUUCUUCCUAUUUUCCUUUGUCUGCCCCGCCCAAGUCGGAACCCUCCGAAUAAUGUCGUAUGAAGCGACAAUCAAUCAAUGUAAGCACGAAUGAACAG